AUGGCACUUGCCUGGCCUCCCCAAUACUCCGGGCUGUCUUGCAAGGCGGCAAGAAUGAGAUUUCCCAAACCAAUGGUCAGGUUGUGCCCGCGGAGGUGCGUCAGACGAAGAGAGCCGCCUGCGAUUCAAUACGGGCCUCGAGUCAUGCGGCGUCGGCCGGAAGACCGCCAUGUGCAAACAAUCCCGAAGAAGGUGAACAUUUCGAUGAAGUCGGCCACUAGUGCCAGACGCUUGAUUGGGUCCAAAGGGCAGUGGUGGCAGACGAAAGCAAUGAGCGCACAUGUCGCUCUGCCAUGCUCGAUCUCCGAUACCUCACGAUGCAGAGACAUACGGGCAAAUCUCUCAAGGAGGAAGACUCAAAAUGACGGACGAGGGUGUAGAUAUUGUAUCACCACUCUGUUCAAAAGUGUACAAUCACUCACUUAG